ACACCACCUCCAUGCCCUAACUCAAUCGAUCCCCGCUCCGCCCCCCGCACUGACUGCAGUCCCCUCUCCUUCGUCGCUCCCCCUUUCUUCGAAAGACUUCGAGUGCUGCAGCUGGCCCGCGCAUCCAUGCCUUCGAUGAUUUUCUCUUCGCUUCGAGUUCCCGAGGAGCAAUAAUCGGUUCUUGUUCAUGUUAUGAUCAACGUCUCCAUCUAUUGUUUGCUUGUGCAAAUUCUACUCCUUUCACCUCUUGUUGGGGGUUCUAUCUGCAUGUGAGGUUGCCUGGUAUGUCCAGCUUUCUGUAAAAGUUAUGGAUCAAAUGGAUGAGCAAGACAGUGACGAUAUACAGGCAGGGGUAGCUUCUUGUGGUUCCUUCAGAUUCAGAAAAAAAGGAAUCUAUGGCAUGGAAGUAUGACAAGUGCAAGCCUCUUUUUGUAAAUGGAGUGAUUCAGAGACCGUCAUCAGAGGUAUAGAAGGAUUUUAUACCACUAUGUGCUGACGGGAGAAUGGAAAUCAUGGCUGCUGAAUGUGUCAAUUGCCAUGUGCGGCUCAAUGCAAAUAAAACCACAAAGUUCUUGAACCGGCAUAUUCAGACUUGUGCAGCGCGAGGUAGAAGUAGAACCAGCAUAAAUCAAGAUGAGCUAUCACCUGUCUUGACAAAUGUUGAGAUUCAGUUUUCGGAAUAUGGCAGCAAGUUCCUCAAGUGCAGUUCUGGUGAUAGAACCCCUGUGGACCGAUGCGUUUCAGCUUCGCCAGCACAAAAAAGAGUGGACCCCAAGAAGGACAGGAAUACGUUAUCAGCUCAGACUCUGCACAGUAUGAGCAGAAAAUUUGACCAAGAAGCAUCUUUUCAAGAGCUUUCUAAAAUGAUUAUUUUGCAUGGCCAUCCGCUGUCCAUUGUCGAGCAUGAAGAAAUGAGAAGUUUUGCAAAGAGCCUCAAUCCAGAAUUUAAUAUGGCUUCAAGCAUUGGUGUAGAAGAGUAUUCAACUAUUUUGUUCCAGAAAUUAAAGGCUGAUCUACAUCAAAAGAUCGCUCAAUCCCAUCGGGUUUCCUUAUCAGCAAGUUCGUGUACUCCUCAUGGAUCUGAGUCCUCAGUGAAGUAUCUCUGCUUGUCAGUGCAUUUUGUUGAUUCAGACUGGAAACUUCAAAGGAGAAUCAUCAAAUUUGGUGCGUUUCGGACCUCAACCACUAAUUUGGAUCGGAUGAUACAUCUUAAGGAGGCUCCUGUAUUAGAUUCUGAAAGCGGGCCAUUUAAUCUCAUAUCGGAAGCUAUAAGAGAUUGGAAUCUUGAGCAGAAGCUUUUAAGCUUGACAUCUGUUGGUGACAUUAGAAGCAAUGAGCGAUUUACAAAGCUGUAGGACUUUCUUAACCAAAGGAAAUGCCUUCCUAUUGGAAUUAAACUGUACAAUAUUGCUUGUGUUAAUGAUGUGCUCAACAGUAUUGUUUCAGAAGAACAACCAUUGCUGAAUGUUGUUGAUGACAUCCUAGGGAAAUUUAUUCAGGCACAUAUGUCUUCAUCUCUGAGUCAGCAGCAACUGAUAGAAGUUAUGACAAGUAUGACAUUGAAAUGUCCCCAUGAAGAUGUGAAAGGGUGGCACAAAAUUUACUUUGGGCUUGAAGUUCUUGUGCAUUUCAAGAAGGCUUUUCCCUCUGAAGAAUUGUUAUCUGCAAAAGAUACUAAAACUGUUGAAUCAGUUUGCAACAUUUUGAGGGCUUUUUGCCAUGCUGUUGAAGUACUUUCUGGUCCUGUUUGUCCCACGGCAAAUAUUUACUUCAAUGAACUAUGGAUAAUUAGGACAACUUUGGAAGAAGAAUCAUCUACUGAUCAUACUGAACUUGCUAGCAUGGUUUGGGAGAUGCAAGAAGCAUUCGACGAGUAUUGGCAGAAUUCAUAUGUGUGGUUGUCAGCACCUGCUGUACUUGAUCCCAGAUUCAAAAUUGCUUUUAUCGAAUUCCGCCUGAAACAAGCUUUUGGCACUGAUGCAGCAAAGCAUGUAUCUAUCGUACAUGAUACAAUCUGGGAGCUGUUUCUGGAAUAUUGCACUGCUGUAGAUGAGCCGAGUGUCGUCCAGUCAAAUUGUAACUCUUGUGAUGUUCAGGUGGGUGGAUUUUACAAGGAUUCAUUGAAAGAUUGGGAUGAGCAUGUUAGUGCACAGACAAGGGGCCAAGUUUUGAAAGAACUUAACAACUACCUUGAAGAUGGCGUUGUUCCAAGAAAGGAUGAUUUUGAUAUUCUCAACUGGUGGAUGAGUAAUUCUACAAAGUGUCCAAUCCUCUCGAUUAUGGCUCGUGACAUCCUGGCAAUCCCUGCUUCUGCUGUUCAUUGCGAGGCAGUGUUAAGCAAUGAGGGACCUGUGAUUCAUAAGCAAUGGAGCACAUUAAAUAUCAAAACGAUUGAGGCUCUCAUAUGCAUCCGAGAUUGGAUUAAAUAGAAUGGGGAGGUUUUUGUUACCUUGAUGAAUUUUACCCAUGACAUGUUUCAGUUGUACAUCCAUGAGUCUGGAGUUUACCGUUGCACCAGGACAGUCACUUAUAACAUAUUGUUGUGAGCAUGAUAGUGAUGAUAUGGAAGCAGGGGUACUACCUUCUGAUGGUUAUUCAAGAUUCCGAAAUAAGAAAUCAUCUAAGAUUUGGGACAUGUACAAGCCUGUCGCCGUGAAUGCCGCUCCUGCCAUGCUAACUGUAGUUACAAAGGUGGCCACUUGUGGAGACACCACAAAAGUUGUAAAGCCAAGGAGGCUCUGGGUCCAAGCCAGCAGCAACAGAAUGCGGACCUUCGAUUCGUGGUGGAUGAAGUAGAUCCAGUGGACAAAAUGCUUCCAGAUUCACUUGAUGAGAUAAACUUGGUGACCCGUAGUGAGAACCGCACUUUAGGCACCAUGUUGAGGGCUGUUUUGAAGAAGAAUUUGAAAAUAUGGGAAGAAUGUUUACCUCAUGUGGAAUUUGCAUACAAUCGGGCAAUACAUUCUAUCACCAAGAUUUGAGGCCUUACUUGGGAGAAGAAGAUACGCUAGAGUCGAGGACGACUCCGAUUCAAGAGGGGCAGGAUGAUGAGGACAUCACUCCUUCAGAUGCAUACAACACUCCUCCGCUGGACAUUCAAAGUCCAAUCACUAGAGCUCGUGCACGAUAAUUGAAUUUAGAGGUGAGCUCGUUCCAAAGCACUUUAUUUUAUGAUUUUGAGAAUAGUUUGCUACCUAAUGAUUACAUUAUGAUUAGGAACCAAGGGGAGGACCAGGAGAUGCAUGGAGAAGGGCUUGGAGGCGUGGAGGACUUGCGAGGGAGUACAAGUCGAGGUGGAGGCCCAAACCAAGUCGACUUCGAGUUCACCUCAGAGUCCAGGAGCAGUCUGCCUUAAAUUGGAUGCCCAGGCCACAUACUGAGUCCGAUUUCGACGAUCCACGUAUGGUUGGAAACAUAAUUUCAUAGAGCUUCCAAUGGAACCGGUCCCACAUUCAAAUGAUGUCUGAGUCAACAGUAAUUGUCGAAACAAGAUGGCGUCCAGAAUCUGCUCCGGCGCUGUGUCGCUGUAUUUUGGCCUUUGGGCCGUGUGUCAUCGUUGAGCCUAUUAGGGGCGCGUCCAGGGGUCGAUCAUGACCCUAACCUCUAUAAGUCAGUAGCCGUCACCAAAGUUAGGGUUUGGAUUUUGCUUAGAUUAUUCUAUCAACAGUUUCGCCGUUCAUCGGUUUGUGAGACCCCAACUCGUGAGAUUCAUCAUUCAUCUGCAAAUUGGUUUUAUUCUUUCCUGUUCU